AUGAGCUAAUUAUCAAAAAGUAAUAAUAGCCAAUCUACAAUUUUAGUAGAGGAAAGCAGCGAAACACGUCCAUCAAUUUAAACAUACGAAAGUAAUACAGAAGAAAAGGAUAUCGAUUUAGGUGUAAAAAAGUUUAUAAAGAAAGAUACCUAAAACAAAAAUAAUAAAAAAUUAAAAAGAGCAAAAGUGAAUUUUAUUAAUGAUAGCCAACUUAAUCAAGUAGAAUCUACUGAAAGUGAUGAAAAUAAAUUUUAGUAGAGCAUGGCUUUGAUAAAAUAUUAAGAUUAAUAAUCAACAGAUUUAAUGUCUUCAACAUCUUCAACUAGUAUAAAUAAUACUAUCCAUCUCUCAAUCGAAAAACCAUUUGAUAAUUAUAAGUGCUUUUUGUGUGCUGGAGAUAUGAUGUUAGAAUUUUACCAUGAAGAUGAGCUAGAAUUUACUUAAGAAAGAAGGAUAGUCAGUUAUAGAAAUUUAAAAAGAGUAAACAAAGCUGAAUAAAUACAAGGUAUUCUUAGAAUUUACUUAGAAUCUAACAAAAGUAUCGUAAAAGAUUUUUAAUUUAUUUGCUAUCUUCUAGAGAGUAAAUAAGACUAAAGCUUGCAUUUACUUUCAAAUCUCCUCAAAGAGUAUUAAAUAUUUAUUUAAAAUUAUUAAGUAUAUGUAUAAUCUAUACUAAAUUACUAUAAAACUACUAGCAUGAAUGAUUUUAACAUAAUUAGAGAACUAAGAUAAGCAUAUUAUUUAGAUUAUAUAAAUAAGUUAAUGGCUUCAUAACAACAAGAUGAUUUUUGCUUGGCCAUUCAAAGUGGUCCAAGUUUUUUAAACUUAACUCCUAGUUACCAUAUUGUUGAAUUCAGUCCUGCUUUAAUUGCUUUGCUUGGAGUUGAUAAAGAUUAAAUGCAACAUUUAUAUCUAAGAAAUGGCAUGAGGGAAUUGACUAUAUACGAUAACAAAUAAUAAAAUUACAUUGAUAUGCUAAGUAAUAUUAUAGAGGCAACUAAAACAAGCAUUUUCAAGUCAUAUAGAGAUUAUCCUGUAGAACUAUUUACAUUUGAUAAUAUAAUUGUAAAAGCUAAAUCAAAUAGUGAUUAUUUUGAUGUCCCUCUUCCAAAAGAACUUGAAUUCAAAUCAACAACAGGAGUUUAUAGAAAUUUAGAUAAAAUAACAUUUAUUAAAUUUUGUGUAGAUUUAAAAGAAAUAUAAAAAUUAAUUAGAAUAAGGAAGUAGCCAAAACAUAAGUAAAUAAUAGCAGAAUAGUUAGAUCAUUUUGAAUAUAGUAUUUAUAGUUAAAUUUUUAUUGAAAAAUAUUAUGCAGACCAUAUAUAAUAAAAUAAGGAAUCAAAUAUUUGA